UCACUGUAUAGCAUAAUCUCUGCUGUCAACGGUCAGUGUAGCCAACAUUACAAAACGAAAAUGAUGUUGCCGUACAGUAGAAGCUUCAUAAUCGAAAUCUUUGCGUUUGUUUGCCGCUUCAACGAACAAAACUGGUCUACGUGACAAAGUUUACCCUACGCAGCUUCGACCUGUCAAAGAUUUUUUGAUGCAAGCGCAUCUCGUUUUCGUCGGCCAUUUUACUGAUAAUGUUUUCACGUUAUUACGAGAGGUUCUUCUUGUGUUUUCAUUAAUAUUUUGUCAAUAAACCCAGUUAUUUACCGUGCGAUUCCGUGUUAAAGACCAAAUAUUGACAAUGGUGCUAUGGAAAGUGUAAACGUAACAGUGCAACUCGAACGAUAACAAGUGAAAUUGGACCAAAGUUUGUGUGUUUAAAAACACCAUGUCUUCAGCCGGAGACGAUGGGGGAUCCACCGGGGGCGGGAUAGCCAUACAGACGUUCCGCCCCACAUGGGAUGAAUUCAAGGAUUUCAACAAAUUCAUACAGUAUAUGGAGUCGAAAGGAGCACAUAAAGCUGGUCUUGCAAAAGUGAUUCCACCGCCCGAGUGGGUGCCUCGGAAGAAGGGAUACGACCUCAACGACCUCGACAUCACCAUCCCGUCCCCGAUCUGCCAGGUGGUGACCGGCAAGCAAGGUUUGUUCCAGCAGAUAAACAUUCAGAAAAAAGCCAUGACUGUGAAGCAAUUUUCCGUGAUGGCCAACUCUGCCAAGUACUGCACCCCGCGCCACUCCAGCAACGAGGACCUGGAGCGGAAAUACUGGAAAAAUGUCACCUAUGUAGCCCCAAUCUACGGAGCCGAUGUCAACGGCAGCAUCACAGACCCAGAUGUAAACGAAUGGAACAUAAACAGGCUAGGAACUAUUCUGGACUAUGUGAACACUGAUUAUGGCAUUGAAAUUGAUGGAGUCAACACCGCUUACCUUUAUUUUGGUAUGUGGAAGACUACAUUUGCGUGGCACACUGAAGAUAUGGACCUUUACUCGAUAAAUUACCUACAUUUCGGUGAUCCCAAGACCUGGUAUGCCAUCCCACCAGAACACGGAAAGAGAUUUGAAAGAAUCGCCACAGGAUUCUUUCCAACAUCAGCAAAGACUUGCGCUGCAUUCCUCCGACACAAAAUGACACUUAUAUCUCCACAGUAUUUGAAGCAAUACUCUGUGCCAUACAACAAAAUCACUCAAAAGGCUGGGGAAUUCAUGAUCACCUUCCCAUAUGGCUACCACGCUGGCUUCAACCAUGGGUUCAACUGCGCUGAGUCUACAAACUUUGCAGCUCCAAGAUGGAUAGAGUAUGGCAAGAGAGCUAUACAAUGCACAUGCAGCAAUGAUAUGGUUAAGAUAUCAAUGGACACAUUUGUGAAAAGAUUCCAGCCAGAUCGGUACGAGUUAUGGCUGAAGGGGCAAGAUAUUGGCUGCCAUCCGGAGCAGCCGGAGCGCAUUGUACCCGCACCCCACCCUUCAGGUUCCGACAUACUCUGCAAUAAGAACAACACUGAAUUACCAGACUCCUUCAUCGAGGCCGAAGCUGAAGGUUUGAGAAAGAAGAAGAGACAUCCUUUACAUCUGAAGAGAGCUAUGGCCAGCAAAAGCAUAUCUGAGGGUGCUAUAGCUGUGUCAAUCCUUGGAGAUAAUGUCAUGGAUGAUGAUGAGAUGACGAUGGCUGAAGGCGACUUGGACAUGAUGACAUCCAUGAAGCGACCAAACAUGCCAAUAGAAGACUCACAGCUUGAUGUGCUCGAAGACAUCUGGCUGAAGGGCGAUGAGAUGGAUCCAUCUGAAGCCCAGCUACCUGAUGUAGGGUACAUGGACUCCGACAGAGAUUCUGAUUAUGAGGCUCCAAAGAAAAAAGGCUCAAAGUCAAGGAAGAAAAGAACAAACAGCCUAAAGAAAGAGAGCAAAGGAAAGUCAAAAGUAAAAGAAGAAGAUGGUGAACCCGACGAUGAACAGACCAGCUCUAGUACUCCUAAGAAGUCCACACCAAAGAAACUUGGAAGUGGUAAGAAAGUCAAGACAAAGAAACUCUCCAGUGAACAGUUGCAGGACCUGGAUGCAGUCAUUUCCAGCUGGGAGUCUCCAGCACAUGAUGCUGCUGCACCCGGCGAGGACAAGCCAACCAUCCCGCCCGAUCCUAUUGCAAUAGCAUCCACAGAACCCGUGCUACCAGAGCUAGUAGUAUCUGAGGCUGCGGCGACGCCCAAAAAACGAAAAACUCCCCAAAAGAAAGACCCCAACAAGCCCAAAAAAGAACCAGUCAAAAAGGAGAAGAAAGAGAAAAAAGACACACCACCUAAAGUAAAGAAAGAGCGAGUACCCAAAGAGAAACCAGAAGGCCAGCAGAAAGCGCCACGGAAACCGAAAACACCGAGAAAGGUAACCAACUUUGAAUACAACUCACCGCUGAGGCCAAUCAUGGCGACGGAAACUAAAAUGUACAGUCACAUGUUGUCACACACAACCUCUAAAGCAAAAGAAGCUCCUCUUACACCAGUUAAACCCCCAACACAGACCCCCACCAGCAGCCCGAGACCUCCCAUGCCAGAAAUCCUGCUGCCAACCAAGAAAUCACCGCCCAUCCCUCCUCUAAACAAAACCGCCACUGGCUUCGAAAGCGAAUUCCACAAAUUCAUGGAGACAAAACAAGUAGUCGGUCGAAUUCAGACGCCACCUAUGAUCAAACGGAGCUACCGAAAGGACCCACCGAAAGCGCCCCCAAAACCACAGCUUAAGGCUCCUGAACUCAAACCAUUACCAGCUCAGCAAACUGAGCCAGCGGACGACUGGUCGAUACCAGUGGGGCAGUAUAACGACUCUAUAUUCAUGAACCCUAGCGCCCGUCCCGUGGACUACAGCACGUAUCAUGCGCUACAGACGGUGGAUCGACUGCAGCCUGGCCCUAGUCAAGUCCACAGCAUGGAGAAUAACGAGGAACAGUGGAAUUACUACGACAGAAACGCCGCCCCGGACAUGUCGGCACUGCAAAGAGUUCACGCAAUGUACGGACAAGCGGCACAAAGUCAGAACCCUUAUUACAGAAGUCCGUAUACAAACCCAUGGAUAGGGUACCCUAAAGCGUGCAUCAACGUGCUGACGAAGCAGGAGCCGUCCCCGUGCGUGGACAAGGAGGAGGUGGUGGUGGAGGGGGAGCGGCACAUCGACCUGGCGGCGGCGCCUCCGACAGACGAGAGAGCGUGCAUCAACGUGCUGACGAAGCAGGAGCCGUCCCCGUGCGUGGACAAGGAGGAGGUGAAGGCGUGCAUCAACGUGCUGACGAAGCAGGAGCCGUCCCCGUGCGUGGACAAGGAGGAGGUGAAGGUGGAGGGGGAGCGGCACAUCGACCUGGCGGCGGCGCCUCCGACAGACGAGAGAGCGUGCAUCAACGUGCUGACGAAGCAGGAGCCGUCCCCGUGCGUGGACAAGGAGGAGGUGAAGGUGGAGGUGGAGAGGUACAUCGACCUGGCGAGGCAGAUGGAGGCGUUCUUCCUGCAGAAACGGUUCCUCCUAUCAGCCAUGAAGCCUGAACUCCUGGUCAAGGAAGACAACAACGAGCUGAAGUGCGAGCUGCAGCGCAAGGACGAGCUGCUGCGGCGCCACUGCGACAAGAUCGGCCAGUGGCAGACGCUGCUGGCCGACCUGCAGGGGCACACGGUGUACAACAAGUGCCAGCAGGCGGCCGCGCCGGCGAUCCAGCAGGCCGCCUCGCCCAUGCCUUGUGCCGUGCCGCAGACUGUACAGGCGCAACAGAUGGCGGUGGCGGCGCAGCAAGCGCUGCAGCAGCAGGCCAUACAGCAGCAACAGGUACCGCCGCCCGCCUACCCCAACCGACGGUAGCCUCUAGUGUAGGGGAGGGGAUAGGGGUGGGGAUUGAAUAGGGAA